CAGGCGUAAGUAUCUUCAUUAAUAGUUGGGUAUAUACCUUCUUCGUAGGUGUACACUCCUAAUAAUAAAUGGGCUCAUCAUAUUACGCCCACAUUAGAGAUACAAUAGCGGCUCGGUAAGCGUGUAAACACAUUGCUACGGUAAUUGCGGCCGUGCCUCAUGCGUGUCGCGUGUCCUGAUUUUUAUUAAAGUGAUAUAUCGGUCAGGCAUGCAUGAGAAUUUAAUGUGUGGAUGUUAGGGAUCCCACUGCAACAGUUUAUCAGUGUCGCGCAGGACACGGCGGGAAUGCGGUCGACUGCGGCGGCCAUACAGAAUGGUGCGUCGUUAGCGUUAAUCCGAUUCGGGCAUUGGAGCAUUCGAGUAUCCAACGCUGUCGGCAUCCCGCCGCCCGUCCCGCGGAGCUCGGCAAUGCGAGCUCAGGAAUUUGAAUGCAAAUUGAAAAUGCCAUUAGAUCAGCAAACAUUCUGCUUGCCGAUCAGACGCUGCAUUGUGUGCUAGUAACUGAGAAAUGAUUAUCGUAUUCUGUCGUCGUGAUUGCGUAUUGAUUCGGUGCGCCCUAAAUACUGGGAACGAUUCACAUUUCUUCCACUUAUUAUUUACUUAGCGAAACUCAAAAAGCAUGCCAUUUAAACCCUCUUUUACUGCUAGAUUAUAUGCCAAUAAAAUUAAAAGCAGAGAACCAGUUGUGCAAUUCGUGAACUCUCAAAUUGUUUAUAAUAUUAACGGCCUGGCCGCUCGCGUUUUAGAGAGAAAAUAAUAUACGAAACCAUGUAGGCGCGAUUUCACAGAGCACAGGCGAUAACCAGUUUAUGGCGGUAUAAAUUUUGUGCUUAUCAUUUAUUUUCACACCAGAGCACCUGUAACAAAGUUAAUAUAACAUCGUAUUUCAUAUUUCUGAAAUGAAAAGUUUGCUUAACACUGUUAUAAUAUUCGGGACGUUCUAUUCAUGUAGGAGUAUAUCAUCAAGCUCAGAGAUUUCCGUGGAAACUACUUUGACGACGGCUAAAUCUAAUAUUGACGAAUAUCCUAAGCCAAGCAGUUUGUAUAGGAGGAUAAAUGUGAACCGUCAAGACGAUCUGCUGUCCAGCACUCCGCUGGAUUUGUUCCGCGUGAGGGCAGCGGACCCCGGGAGAAGAAGUCACAUGGACUCGGUGUGGAAAUGGGAUUUCUGGUGCCAGUUGCAACCUAAAGUCGGGAACUGCUCAUUAAAGCGGCGCAAUGGUGACGGAAUGCCUGGACCAAGACAGAGUUACUAUUACGACGCACAACUAGAUGCUUGUUUGGCAUUCUCGUAUACCGGAUGCGAUGGAAAUAAGAACAACUUCGCGACUUUGGUCGAAUGCGAACGUCACUGUAAAGGUGCAACAUAUAUGACGCUGAAGGAAUCUACGAGGACGACCUUCUGUGGAUUGCAACCAAAUGCUGGACUGUGCUUGGCUUUGAUAAAUAGGUAUUACUACGACGUGAACGGAGACGAGUGCAAGAGCUUCAUCUACGGAGGCUGUGGCGGCAAUCAGAACAGGUUCAAAACGAAACUCGUCUGCGACAAGCAUUGCAAGGACCAAAAUAACCAGUAAUAUAUCACUAAUUGUUA